AUGUCUUCGUCUCUUCAUCCUGCUGUUACAGUUGGAAACAUCAAAACCCUUAUUCCUAUUACUCUUGACAUCGAGAACGGUCAUUACACAGCCUGGUCCGAAUUAUUCAAAAUUCAUUGCAUCUCGUAUGAUGUAUACGAUCACUUGCAGCCGAAGAAAAUAAGCGAGACAUCAUCCUCAGCCAAUAAAGAUAAAGCCAAGGACACGACCUCUUCUUCACCAUCAUGGGAACGUCUCGAUUCCAUUGUCUUACAAUGGAUUUACGGGACAAUUUCCACCGAUCUUUUGCACACCAUUCUGAAACCCAACACCAAUGCACACGCUGCUUGGACGACAUUGGCGAAUAUUUUCCAAGAUAACAAGGCCACGCGAACCAUUGACCUAAAUAAUAAGUUUGCCAACACACGUCUUGAACAAUUUUCAACCAUGACGGCUUACUGUCAGGCGCUAAAGGUAAUUUAUGAUCAACUUAUCAAUGUUGGUUCUCCCAUCACUGAAGAACAAUUGGUAUUACAACUCCUCAUGGGCCUUACGGAAGCCUAUGAGAGCACUGCCACUAUCAUUCAACAAACUAGUCCUUUACCGGACUUCUAUGAAACUCGAUCAAGACUAUGUAUGGCUGAGACACGCAAAACAAAUCAAGUCCGCAAUGCAGCCCAAGCCGCUGGUACCGCUCUUGUUGCGUCUUCUGACACUCGUCCGACGCCAAAUUCUGAUACUUCUGACUCUCGGUCAGGUUCCAGCCGUUAUGAAGCUCGCUCAGAUUCUUUUCGGGAACAACACAACCGUGGACGAGGUCGCGGCCGCGGCCGCGGACGUGGACGCGUUGGUUCAGCAGGUAGGGGUCGUGGUAAUUCUGCUUCACAGUUCACGGGUCAGCAUGGGUACCCGCCAUGGACUUUUGGGUUCAACCCUUGGGCCGGCCCAAAUGCCUCCUACCCUUGGGCUCCUUGGACUACUGCCCCCCCAUGUCCAUACCCCUCCGUUCCUCAGCGGACGCCACCAAACAAUGCCGGUAUCCUAGGUCCGCGUCCGGCUCAAUCGUAUGCGGCGAGCUAUGCUUCGAGUGAAUAUGAUUAA